AUGAGUUGGUCCAUGUACCCCCGGAAUUUAAUUCUCUACGUCUACACUCUUCUAUUGCUCUCUUCAACAUGCCUGGCACGUGUUGCUACCAAAGACAACUGCUGCAUCUUAGAUGAAAGAUUUGGUAGUUAUUGUCCAACUACCUGUGGAAUUGCAGAUUUCCUAUCGACUUACCAAACCAGUGUGGACAAGGAUCUACAGACUUUGGAAGACAUCUUAAAUCAAGCUGAAAACAAAACAUCAGAAGUUAAAGAACUGAUCAAAGCCAUCCAACUCGUCCCUAGUUCUGAUGAACCACAGAGGCCAGGUAGAAUAGAUAGUGCUAUCAGGGAAGCCAAGAAAAUGAUGGAAGAAAUUGUGAAAUACGAAGCAUUGCUUAUAACACAUGCAUCAAGUAUUCGAUUUUUGCUGGAUAUAUAUAAUUCAAAUAAUCAAAAGAUCACUAAUCUGAGACAGAAGGUAGCCCAGCUUGAAGCAAAGUGUCAGGAACCUUGCAGAGACACAGUACAAAUACAAGAUAUAACUGGGAGAGACUGUCAAGACAUUGCCAAUAAGGGAGCCAAAGAGAGUGGGCUUUACUUUAUCAAACCUCUGAAAGCUAAACAGCAGUUCUUAGUCUACUGUGAAAUUGAUACAUCUGGAAAUGGAUGGACUGUGCUUCAGAAGAGGCUUGAUGGCAGUGUGGAUUUCAAGAAAAAUUGGAUUCAAUAUAAAGAAGGGUUUGGAUAUCUGUCUCCUACUGGCACCACAGAAUUUUGGCUGGGAAAUGAGAAGAUUCAUUUGAUAAGCACACAGUCUACCAUCCCAUAUGUACUAAGAGUGGAGUUGGAGGACUGGAAUGGCAGAACCAGUACUGCAGACUAUUCCACGUUCAAGGUGGGACCUGAAACUGACAAAUACCGCUUGACAUAUGCCUACUUCAUAAGUGGAGAUGCCGGAGAUGCCUUUGACGGCUAUGAUUUUGGUGAUGAUCCUAGUGACAAGUUUUUCACGUCCCACAAUGGCAUGCAGUUCAGUACCUGGGACAAUGACAAUGAUAAAUUUGAAGGCAACUGUGCUCAACAGGAUGGAUCCGGUUGGUGGAUGAACAAGUGUCAUGCUGGCCACCUCAAUGGAGUUUAUUACCAAGGUGGCACUUACUCAAAAUCAUCUACUCCUAAUGGUUAUGAUAAUGGCAUAAUUUGGGCCACUUGGAAACCCCGGUGGUAUUCCAUGAAAAAAACCACCAUGAAGAUAAUCCCGUUCAACAGACUUGCCGUUGGAGAAGGACAGCAGUACACCCUCGGAGGAGCCAAACAGGUUGGACCAGAACACCGUGUCAAAAUAGAAAAUGAAUACGACGCAGAAUAUGACUAA